CUCUCCUUCCUCGCCGCUUCCCCAGGCACUCUCCCGGCGGCGGCAGCUGCGCCGCCAAAGCCCCGGGCCCCAGCGGCCCCCCACCCUUCACUCUCGCGCUCCCACACUGCCUCCCCCCUCCCGGGGGGAAGGCCUUUUAAUUUAUUUAUUCUGCUGGGACUUAGGUGGGGGGCUUGGCUGGCGGGGGAGGGGGUCUCCCCGAGCUCUACCUCCCGCGGCUGGGGCUACCCUCCGAGCCGCGGCCGCCGCGGCGCGCGCCUGGGGCCUCCAAAACUGUUUCCAAACUGCCAAAACCGGAGGUCCGGGAGUAGCGGCGGCCAAUCAGCGCGCGGCUUCCAUUUUGUGAGUUCAACUCCAAGGCUCCCGGGCUUCGCGAGGACGCGUUUGUAGCCCCCUCUGCCUCUCCUGUCAGGCGGCCGAGACGAGGAAGUCGCCUUGCUGGGGCUUCGUGGUGGUGUAUUUCACAUUGGGGCUCUUUUCGGGGUUUGUAAUUUGGCCGUGGAGCAGUAAACAGUCCUCAGCGAAGCCGCCUUUUGCCAACCCAACCCUGGAAAAUUUGCAGAAGUGGAAGGAGCAGAAAAUGCCAUGAGAGUGUAACUUUAAAAAGGAUCAUGACCGGAGAAGGGGCUCUGUACCCCCAGAGUGGACCGUCCUCCUUUGGACAGAAGCAGGCCUAGUUUGACUCUGACAGUCCUCCCACUAAGGAAUUCCUGGUGAAUAGAAGAAUGGCAUGGGUCCUCGGAACAUUUUGCAGGGCGCCGCCGCCAGUGCUGCCUGCUCCUGGCUAUGGACAACCCUGGGGCCUUAGCCCCGACUGCCGCCCCGGGCCUGGGCAAGAAGGAGCUGAAAAUCGUGAUUGUGGGCGACGGCGGCUGCGGCAAGACCUCGCUGCUCAUGGUGUACAGCCAGGGGUCCUUCCCCGAGCACUACGCCCCAUCCGUGUUCGAGAAGUACACGGCCAGCGUGACCGUGGGCAGCAAGGAGGUGACCCUGAACUUAUACGACACCGCCGGGCAGGAAGAUUAUGACCGGCUGCGGCCCCUCUCCUAUCAGAACACCCAACUCGUGCUCAUCUGCUAUGACGUCAUGAACCCCACCAGCUAUGACAACGUUCUCAUCAAGUGGUUCCCUGAGGUCACCCACUUCUGCCGUGGGAUCCCUACGGUGCUCAUCGGCUGCAAGACAGACCUGAGGAAGGACAAGGAGCAGCUGCGCAAGCUCCGGGCGGCCCAGCUGGAGCCCAUCACCUACACGCAGGGCCAGAGCGCCUGCGAACAGAUCCAAGCCGCCCUCUACCUGGAAUGUUCUGCCAAGUUUCGGGAGAACGUGGAGGACGUCUUCCGAGAGGCCGCCAAGGUUGCCCUCAGUGCCAUGAAGAAAGCACAGCGGCAGAAACAGCACCGCCUGUGCCUGCUGGUUUAACACCUCCCGGCGGGGCCCACAGCCCUCACGACAGAACUGACAGGACCCAGGUCCCCAGGUCCAGACUGCUCCCUGGAUCCUGCCCCCUCCCCAGCUCUCGAAGGGCACUUGGAGUCGGGCGUCUCCAGGGCCUGGUGUCUGGAGCCUGUGGCCAGGCUCUUGGAACAUUCUGGAACUCUCUUCUUUCCCAGCUGGGGCUCUGACCACGAGCUCCCCUCCAGCCUGCGUGGUGGUGGUGGUGGUGAGCGAGGGUGCUGGACUCAGUCCCUCUGCACCCUGGAACGAGCAUUUGUCCCCAGGACUCAGGAGUGCCCUCAUCACAACCAACCCCCAGCUGUGUGUCCCCCUCUGCACACCCAGUAGGUCCUCAGAGCCUGUGCUUGAGAUGAGGAAUGACGUCUGGUAUGAGGAUAAAUGUGGACUUGGCAGCGUUCCACACGGCCCCCAUGCCUGCUCUCCCAAGUCACCCGCCUCCCUGGUUUCCUGAGAUAGGCAUGGCUGCAUCCUCCAGCUUCUUGCUUCCUCCCCGCAGGAACUCAGGCACCAGGAUGGGACCGAGGCCUAUCAGGAGAACACAGGCCCCGGCCCCAAACGUGGGGGGCCGGCACCAGCCCCCUCCCUCAUCCCUUCCAAACAGAGGACUUCAGUCUCAGCCCUCAGCUUGGCUGCCAUCUUUCCAGAGCUGGACGCACAUGAGGCAGAGAAGAACCUCUCUCAAAAAGCAAAAAGUAUUCCCUGGACCAUCCACGUGACCUUUGCUCAGCGUCUCCUCACCUGCAACCCCUCCGCUCGCCACUACUUGCCAGAAACCCGAGAUGAAAAGUGACAUCAGCUCCGAGUGAUCUUGGGCAAGUCAGGUCUCUCUACAGACUGUCUGCAGAAGGACGGCACUGGCUCAUUUAAAUAGUCAUCGAGCUCCCAUCUCUCACAGCCUCCAAUUCUGCCAAGAUGUGGAGAUCUGGAACCAAGGCCAUCCUGGCCUCCUGCGAGAACAGACUUGAUUAACCCCCAGUGCAGAUUCACUGAACCUCCUAGAAGGUCUGGGGUCAGGGGCCCAAGAGUUUUUAAACAAGUGCCCCAGGUGAUCCUGAUGCCCCAGAGAUUGAGAGCUGGUGGCUCCUGAGUAAGCCCAGGAAUCAGCGUUACCUAAGAUGGGAUAAUGGCUUCAGGUGGUUCUUGCCAUCCCUGGUAUCUCCUGCCUCAGCCCCCUCCCUUGCCCAGUGCUUCGGCCCCCACUAGGCCUGAGAAAGAGACUUCUGAAGUCUACGCCACCCCACCUAGGUUCCCCAAGUCCCUGCCACACCCUGGGGAGUCAAGAGAGCAUUCGGUCCAAGGCUUCAUGGACAAAUGAUGGUCUAGGACAGAGGUCCACAAACCACAGUCUGUGGGCCAACUCUUUAUUUUUGUAAAUAAAGUUUUAUUGAAAAACA